CCAGGUAGCGUAAGUUCGAGCGGCAAAAAAAGAACGUGGUAAAUUCGUACGAAGAUGAGUUUGAAUCCGCAAUUUGAUACGAUCGGAAGAUCUUUCGUCAAUCAAUAUUAUUUAAUGUUCGACGAUCCCGCUCAAAGGGCAAAUUUAGCCAAUUUCUAUAAUGAAGAAAAAAGUCUCAUGACAUUUGAGGGUCAGCAAUUAUUUGGACGAGCAAAAAUAAUGGAAAAAAUUCAAGGCUUGACUUUUCAAAAAAUUCAACAUCAGAUAACAUCUAUUGAUCCAGAACCUAUGUUUGAUGGUGGAAUUUUAAUUUCUGUAUUAGGCCAACUUAAGACCGACGACGAUCCGCCUCACACCUUCAAUCAGACUUUUGUGCUCAAACCUCUGGGAGACGGAUUCUAUGUAGAACACGACGUUUUCAGGUUGGCCCUGCAUCACACAGCCUAAAUGGGAUGAGCAUAAGAAAAUUUUGGAAUGAUCUAACGGGUAUUUUGCUACAAAUUCAAGUUUUUAUAUUGUAUUUGGUAAAGACGAUCAGAUUUCGGUCUAAGCCAUUCUUAAAUAAAGUAUUUCUUUAAGUUGUAAA